CGAUAGGUUACGAUUAACAGUGAUAUUACUCGAUAAGUUAUGAUAAACAGUGAUAUUUCUCUUAACAGAGUAGUUAGCAUAAGCCAGUUAGCGUUAGCUAACCCUGCUAACGCUAGUGUGUUAGCAGGGUUAGCUAACCCUGCUAACACACUGGUGUUGCAGGCUGGUGUUGCUGUCGGCUAAUACGGUAAACUACAGGUAUUUUAUCGGACUGUACCUCUUAAAUAUAGCCUCCUUUCCUAAGGCCUCUGUUUACAAGCAACAACCUAAUUUCCAAUGUAAUUAUUCAUGUAAUUAUUUUUUUGGGACUUGCUUCAGUUUGCACCAUUUAUUCAGGGCUGUAACGUUACAGUGCGACAGUUUUGACUGCAUAUGCUAUUAAAAAUUAUUCUAUGCAAACUAAAAUGGGAGUUUUGCAGCGAGCUCUGUCUCUCUCCUCUGCUCUGUCUGUGGAAGGUGAGGCUGAGCUCCACACAUACAACAGGCCGACAGGAUGAAACAGACUUUAGGUUUCACGUUAUCAAGUCGAGUAGAGCUCCUUGCUGUCAUUGGCAACAAAAUCUGUCAUUGAGAUGAAGUUUUUCAAACAAUACAGAGCUUAUUAUACUGAUAAUGAACUGUUAUGAACAGACUCAAAGCAGACAUUUACUGUAUGUAGCAAUUGAGUCUAAUUAGCUAAAUAUAUUAAAAUAAGUUUUUUUAUGAGGCUGACUGCAGCCUGCACCUCCUCUAAAAGCAGCAGUGAGUCUGAGCAGCAGCAAGAGAGGAUGCAUUUUACCACAGAGCUGUUAACCAGUUUAAAAACCUGUAGCUUUUUUAAACAGUAGUUUGUGUUUGUUAUGCUUACUCAUGUAAAAUUUUAGCAGUGGCAUUAUCAGCUGCAGCACUGUGCCACUUUUGAAAGCAUAUAGAGUAAACACUAAAAGAUCACACAGGACAAAUUAUUCUUCAAAAGUCUUGUGCUGUUCCCAAGUGUUGAUUCUGUUAUGUUAUAUGUUAUAUAUAAGUUUCUCCUUGUCUCAUCUCCUUGCCUCCUUUCCUCUUCCACUCUUUCAUCUAGAUAGGAGCUUUGAACCACCAAAAGUCUCAGCAGCUCAAGGUGGAUUUACCCCCAGAGGAGACGACCACUACCACCAUUAACAUAAACCAGCUGAUAGACAUGGACCUGCUCAUUUCGAAGAAUAAGAAGCGUGAGGGCCAAACCCUCCCUGAAAAGUCAAAAGAUCAGGAGGAUGGAGAGGAGACAGACGAGCCAGAGGAGGAAAUGGACCAGUGCCCUUCAGACCCAGAUGUUCCUCCACUGAAGAGAACUGAGAGUGUCUUUCUUACAAAGAAAAUGCUUGGGAUCUCUGAAUAUAAAUCAAUGACAAGCAGUGAAAAAAGUGAGGAUGAGUAUGUGCCUAGUUCUACACCAGAAUCAGAAGUAUCUGAGAAAGAACUCAAACUGCUCAAGUCUCCAACAAACUACAGUUCAUCAAACUCGGAUGUUCGACGCUUGAACAAAGGUCGUGUGAAGCCUGUGAAAUGCAGACAGAGCACAUCUUCCUCUUUCCAAUCCAUGGCAGAUUGUGAGUUAUCCGAAUCCUCCAGUGACACGGAUGUAAAAGUCUUGAGGCUAAAAAAGAAAAAAAAUGGUGGUCGAGUCUACGAUAAGAGGCAGUACUGUCUGUACUGUUGUAAACCAUAUGCCAAAAUUGCACGGCACUUGGAUAAGAAACACAGCAACUUGGAGGAGGUAGCACGAGCAUUCAGUUAUCCAAAAGGAUCAGUGGAGAGAAAGCUGCAGAUAACUCUAAUUCGAAAUAAAGGCAAUCGUCGCCACAACUUUGAGGUCCUGGAGGAGGGUAAAGGGGUGAUGGUUCCCUCUCAACAAAGCACUGAACCAGUGAAUGCAAAAGACUAUUUGCACUGCACAUACUGUGAGGCAUUACUCAAAAGGAAAGUGUUGUGGCGGCACAUGAAAAAAUGCAAAUUGGCAAAGAAAAGCAUGAAGCCAGGCAGAACCAGAGUGCAGUCACUUUGUGCUGCUGGACAGCCUGUCCCAAAGGAGAUCAAUGACAAAGUCUGGUGCCUAGUAAAUGGCAUGAAUCAAGACAACAUAACAGACACAAUUCGGCAAGAAAAAUAUAUUCUGAAGUUAGGAGAACACUUCUAUAACAAAAAAGGGACAGACAAAAGCCAACACCAAUAUAUCAGACAAAAAAUGCGGGAAAUGGGAAGAUUAGUUCUCCUAGCAAAGACCCAUGGCAAGCUGAAAACAAUACAUGACUUCUUUCUGCCAGCAAACUUCUGCCACGUUGUGAAAGCUGUGAAGAUGGUCUGUGGAUGGAGUGAAGAUACCAGCAGUUUCAAGAUUCCAUCCUUGGCGCUCAAACUAGGCCAUAGUCUAACUAAAAUAGCAGAUAUUGCAGAGUUUGAAGCAAGGAUGUCAGAGAACAAGAAGGCCCUUGAAAAUGUGAUGACGUUCAGGACAUUGAAAGAGAAUAAAUGGGAUGAGUGGGUGUCUUCGCAUGCACUGAGGAACCUCAGAGAGUCGAAGUGGAAUAAACCUCUUCUUAUCCCCUACUGUGAAGAUGUUGUGAGACUGCACAACCACAUUGACACAGAAAGGCCCAAGUAUCGAUCCAAUCUUGAAACUGCACCAAAUAAGAGGAACUGGUUAAAUCUUGCUAAACUAACACUUUGUGAAGUGAUCGUCUUCAAUCGUAGGAGAGAGGGAGAAGUUUCAAAGAUGUCCCUGAAUGACUUCAUGUUGAGAAACACCUUUGCCAGUAAUCCAGAUCUUGAUCUUGCCUUGACUGACAUGGAAAAGAAGCUCUGCAAAUACUUUGAGCGUGUGGAAAUCAAAGGUAAGCGGGACAGAAAGGUCCCUGUCUUACUCAGCCCAGACAUGGUGUCCUCCAUACAGAUGCUGGUGAGAUAUCGACGACAAUGUGAUGUGCCAGAUGAGAAUGUGUAUUUGUUUGGUAGACCUGAGGCAGAAAGUCACCUCAGAGGAUCUGAUGCCAUCCGUGCUAUUGCAUGUGAAUGCGGGGUGAAGGACCCUCAAACGUUGACAUCGACAAGAUUAAGGAAACAAAUGGCAACAAUGUCACAAGUUCUAAACUUGAAAGAGAAUGAGGAGGACUGCCUUGCAGGUUUCAUGGGUCACAACAUCAGGGUCCAUCGACAAUAUUAUCGGCUCCCUGAAGGGACAUUACAAGUUGCGAAAGUUGCAAAGUUGCUUAUGGCCUGUGGAAGAGGAGAGCUAUCAAAAUUUAAAGGCCUGACAUUGGACGAGAUCAACGUUGAUCCAAAUGAGGAAGUACCUGAAGACAGCUCUCUAUCUGGAAGUGAAGAUGAAGAUGUGAUGUCGAGUCUAUCCUCUAACUCAUCAGGUCUAAGACCAGUGAAAAUGACUAGACCCGUUCACAGGACACCUACAGAGGAGGACCAGGAGUCUGAUGCUUCAUCACAGCUAACCAGAGGUAGAUCAAGGAACUGGACAGAGGAGGACCAUGACUCUGAUACCUCAUCACAGCCAUUGAAUCACUGUUUUCAAGAUGAGUCAAGACCUGUGAAGAAGAUGAAACCCACCAAGAGGACACCUAGAGAGGAGGACCCUGAGUCUGGUACCUCAUCACAGCCAAGAAAAGACGAGUCAAGACGUGUGAAGAAGAUGAAACCCACCAAGAGGACAUCUAGAGAGGAGGACCCUGAGUCUGAUACCUCAUCACAGCCAAGAAAAGAUUCAUCAAGAAAGAAGAGGAAGAUGUGGAGCAAAGCAGAAGUCCACGCUGUGGAACAAAAGCUAAUGCACAACAUUAAGACUGGCAAGGUUCCUGGGAAAGCACAGUGUCUUGAAUGUAUCCAUGCAUUCCCAGAUGCACUGAAAGGUAGGACCUGGGAUGCUGUGAAAUACUAUGUGAAAAACCGCAUAGACACCUGGAAGCGGCGGUCUACGAGGUAACUGCAAGCUCUUGUUUUGUGUUUGAAAGAGCAACUGUUAAUGCAGCUCUCACCAUUUGAUCUGUUGAUUAGCUGAACCUCAGAGGUCAGCUUUUGAAGUUCUGCUGUUAGAGAGCAGUGAUCUGCUCAGAUUGCACUUUAUUUUAUGCAAUUUAUUUCAUACAUAACAGAAAUUUUUUUGUACUGUUAUGCUUCUUCAAUUCAUGGAUUAGCAAAUGUUUUAAAAAGUUUGUUUAACCCUCACAUAUUGCUCAUAUUCUGAGUCAUAAUUACUCUACACCAGGGCUUCUCAAUUCCAGUCCUCGCACCCCCCUGCCCUGCAUGUUUUAGAUGUGUCCCUCCUUCACCACACCAGAUUUAAAUGAUCAGCUCGGCAUCAAGCUCUGCAGAGGCCUGAUAACGAGACACUCAUUUGAAUCAGGUGUGGUGGAGGAGGGACACAUCUAAAACAUGCAGGGCAGGGGGGUGUGAGGACUGGAAUUGAAUUCAUUCAAAUAUUGAAAAUAUUUUACAUUAAUGGGUUCCAAUUGUAGCAGUUACUGAUCUUUACAUUAAUUAUUAACAUUUCUGUAUAUCAGUAAUGUUGCCUGCUGUUAAAAAUAAAUGACAGACUUUUCAUUCAA